CGAGCGUCAUAACAUUAAACAACUGUUAACCAUGUGAAGAGUGCGUGUGAGCGGUGUCUAGUUAUUUUAAAACGUUAAUAGUUCAUUUUAUGCUAUGAAUAGGUCUGCAUGCAUAUGAAGAAAGCAUAUUAUGAGUAUUUUAAGCUGACGGUGGCAUGUGAAAAAUUACCAGACAGUAUUCGUUUUAUGAAAAUAUGUGGAUAGUGUUAUGGAUGCAAUUAAAGAGUGCUUGGGAGUUUUUUCUAAAGAAGCUCAGGAGCUUUAUCUUAAUGAUGCAGUGCCAUACCUGGAUGGGCCCCUGUCUCCACUACAGUUUUACCGUGACUGGAUCGGUCCAAACAAGCCUUGCAUCAUUCGUGAUGCCUUCAGUGAUUGGCCAGCUUUGUCUAAAUGGAACCCCACUUAUCUCAGAGAGAAAGUGGGCUCCAAAGUCAUCAGUGUGGCGGUCACUCCGAACGGAUAUGCAGAUGCCGUGAACGGGGAUCGCUUCGUGAUGCCAGAGGAGCGUCAGAUGAGCUUUAGCUCUCUGCUGGAUAUCAUUGAGGGGAAGGUGAAGAGCAGUGGUGUGUUUUACAUUCAGAAGCAAUGCUCAAAUCUGACUGAGGAGUUGCCCGAGCUGACGGGAGACGUACAGACUCACAUCCCCUGGAUGACUGAAGCUCUCGGAAAACAGCCUGAUGCUGUAAAUUUCUGGCUCGGGGAGGAAAGCGCUGUCACAUCAAUGCAUAAAGAUCAUUACGAGAACCUUUACUGUGUGAUCUCUGGACAUAAAGAGUUUAUUUUGAUCCCUCCGACUGAUAGACCUUUCAUACCGUAUGAGCUCUACCGGCCAGCCACUUACAGGCAGAAAGAAGAUGGCGACUUCGAAAUAGUGGAUGAGGAGGAUUUAACCAAAGUGCCCUGGAUCCCUCUGGACCCUCUUAACCCAGAUUACGAGCGAUAUCCGUCUUACAGGCUGGCUAAACCUCUGCUCUGCACCGUGAAAGCUGGAGAGAUGCUGUACCUGCCCUCCCUGUGGUUUCACCACGUUAGACAGUCUCACGGCUGCAUAGCGGUGAAUUUCUGGUAUGACAUGGAAUAUGAUAUCAAGUACAAUUACUUCCAGCUUGUGGAGUCCUUGACAAACGCUGCUGGAGCGCUGUGAGACUGGACAGAGGCGAAAACCGUUAUCAACAGCUGCAGGCUUUACUUGUGGAGACGUCACGAGAUAUGCAUAUAGAAUAUAUAUAGCAAUAAACAAUGCAGUUUAACAUGUAA